AUGGCCCUUACGUGGCUAUCGUUGAAUGCGGCUGAGAGUGCUCCUAUGGGAGUAGUCGGCAAGGCUGUUGAGGUCAUCCACAGUGUCGGCGACCAAAUCUUCCAAAUGGGUCCUAAGGGGCGCUUGAUGCCUCCUCCCGCUGAGGGCCGGCCGCCAGUAGAGAAUAUUCUGGGAGGAGAGGAGGCAGAAACUGCCUCUCCUGAGGCACCGAGUGAGUGUCACCAAGCACCGGAAGUUUUGAUGACGGAGAGCGAGCCAAUGAGUCAGGCACAAUACGACGAGUUGGUUAGAUACGCCGUUAUUGAAGUGUUAGCCAACGCUGAUAAGACAUCGCUACCUAUACAAGCAGCUGUGCUCUAUUCCGAUGCGCAGAAAUCUUGUGCGAAUUUACGGAAGCGCCCGGAGCUCAUCUCACGGUUAGAAGAGCUCGGGCCUGAGCUUAAAGAUGAGUCGCAGAUUCGGGUGGAUAUUAAGAGGACGAGUUGGCGGAAAGUUGGUAAGCUCUUGAAGGAGCUGGAAAAGGAGGGGAUACUCAAAACGAAGGACAGGAGAGGUGAUGUUAUUAUCACAAGCAUCAGUCAAGGCAAGGAGGAGCUCCAAACACACGCCAUUACAGCGAAAACGGCUAAGUCAGCUCCUCGAACUAAGCCGGCCACUUCAGUGGAAGCAUUGAAGUCCUCGAUCGAGUCAGACCUACGAGUAAGAGUUAUUAGCAUGUACAAGCCGCAUCAAGUGUGGAAACCCGUUCUAGAGGCCUCUAUGGGGAGGGCUCUGGGCAAGCACGACUUUCUUGAUGCCAAGCAAUGCAGGUUCUAUUUCCAGAAAUACAUAAAGGGUCUAGAGAGUUCCCAUGAGGAGGUUGUCGGUGCCUCGGGAAACCGAUCGAGCGUAUGUGUUGAUAAUCUCAUUGCGAGCGCCCUCAGUAAAGGAGGAAAGAAAAUCCAACCUGAUACGAUGAUUUCCAAGGCAGAGAUUGGUAAAGCAUUUGAGAGUAAAGGCCUGGAGCUCUACACUGCAAUCAUACCAUCGGAGGGGGAUGAGCUCUCAUCAGCUGAUGUUAUCGACCUAUUGAAAUAUGGUCCAGCGCCCAGGAUCACUAUCAGGGUCACUGAUAAGGUGUCGGGCAACAAGUAUUUGUUGGAACACAACCCUGUGGUCAACGCGAAGAACGUCUGGUGUCGACAGGGGGUCCUCAGCGAUGAGAAUCAUGGUGAACUCACAAGCUUGAAAUUCUUAGUAGUGCGCAACAAGACUUCCUAUGAUGAUGACAACAUCCCUGAGCGAUUUCACCUGGAGGCGUCUAUUCACUUCAGCGUGACCAUGUCCCCAAAGGAGACCGACGUCUUGGCCACUCGCUUCAGCGGCCCUUUCCUGUACGAGAGUCUAGCAUGGCGAAUCGUAGAGACCCGUCGAAAGCUGUCGAUUGCUGAGCAUCCCAUUGUCAAGCAGUGGUUGGACGAGAAGUGUGGUGGUGAUGUGGAGCACAUGUGGCUCCUUCGAGGAUGUGUCUUUUACUCUUGGAAAGUUUUCCGGAACUUAUCGCAGUUCAAGACCCCCAAGUACGAGCUACUGGGCCAAGACCAUCCCAAGGGCUGGUGGGUUCAACAGGACUCUGAAGAGGUCCUCGGCGACAUUCUCAACUACUAUGGCGACAAUACCAGGUUUGCUAUGAUCACCCACAAACGAUAUUGGAUGUCCCCUAGCGUUGGCUCCGAUGAUGGCACUGAGUUGGUGGGAGAUGAGACUAUCGGCAUUGAACCCGUCCCUUUGGUUGGUCUGGAAGGAAUAAUCAAGUCAAUUCAUGCUUUCACUGAGGCGAGCUCCAAGCGCCCUGUGAUGGUAGCAGUAUGUAUGCCUGAUGAUGAUACUGAUGGUAGAUAUGUUGAAGUCAGCCGUGGUUUUAUCUUGCCUACCAAAUGGGUGGUCGAAAGGGACGUAUCGUCGUCCGAGUCAGAAGACUGUUGUCAUGUUGAGACGAGGAGCUGUGCCGCAUUCCAGGAGUCCCUGUAUGAGAUCUUGCGGAAGAGCGGUAGAGUAGACUCUAUAUUCGAGGCAGUGAAGGGCAUUGACCUACAGGAUGUUCGCAUGUGUGAUCAACCCAAGGCCCCGCCAAAGUUGAAGAAGCCUGAAGACCCUCUGAUGAACUUGAACGACCGCAAGGACAUCCAACAGUGGAUUUGCUCGAUAAGUGCCUGGCGUACUGCGUGUAUUGCUCGACACCCCCCGAAGAAAUCUGGUCGCGGUCUUGGUCGGGCUCAGUCACAGAGACUGCGUACAGCGAUAAUGUUCGAGCUCAACGAGUUGAUGUGCGAGGAGGGUUCUCAAGCCGUGAGCGAUAUCGUGCUGAAACUGUGCUUGGAAGUGAACGAUUUGGGUCAGGAGGAGGUCCAUGCUAUCCUAGAGGCUGUCGAGGGUCUGAGGAAACACGGAUGGCGAUGCACUACAGGACGAAGCCUUCUAGUUACUAUCAACAAGUGUCUGGAUGAUGACUCUGUCUCUCCGAUGGUCAUUCAAAAAGUAUGUCGAUGUUUUGAUGUUGAGCCCAGCAAGGUCUCUAUUGAGAAAGCAGUGGAACGUUACGUUGCGGCUAGAGGUGAAGACACAGCUUACAUUGCUGGGCUCAGACUAUUAUGUCAACAAUGUAACAGCGAUGCUCAUAUGAAGGCUGCUCAAGAGAGGCCAGAUCAAGCACAGUUGUGGAACCCUGUGAAGGGAGCGAAUUCGCGUAUAGCAUCCCAUCACAGUCCAACUCAUUUUGAGCCAAUCGUUCGGGGACAAAUGCCCUUAGUGAUGUUAUCAUCGGAGGUUCCUGUCAAAUGGGUGUCCUCUGAGAUGGAGUUGGACGAUUGUGUGAGGGAUAUAUCACAGUACCGCACCAUUGGCAUUGACGUUGAGUGGAGCUCUGGACCGGGGGCAGCCCUUUUCCAAGUCGCCUCGGAGGACACAGUGUACCUCAUCGACAUGUUGGUGCCCGAGAUCAGGCAGUCGUCGACUCUCUUCUCAACGCUUCGUCGCGUCCGGAGGGUUCUUGGUUUCAGCAUUUCUGCUGACUUAGAACGGAUACCGCAGUUGAAGGAAUGCGGCGUUAUAGACGUCCAAGUAGACAAACGCGGGAGUCUCCAAAGGCACGUUGCUGGUCAGCUAGGGGCUUACCUAGACAAAACUGAGCAAUGCAGUGAGUGGGCUGACAGACCCUUAUCGGAGAGCCAGAAGAACUAUGCUGCAUUAGAUGCAUAUACACUGCUCGCCCUAGACGCCCAUAUUCGGGGUGUACCUGAUGAUGGUGCCCUUGGGCCAAGCCUCUUUGAUUGA